AUGCCUCGGCCGGCCUUGCCACCCACCCCUGGAUCGUCUGCCGAUAUCAAGGCUCAGGACGGGUCGCAGCAACGCCGGUCAACGCCCCCCCUCUCCUUCGAGCUCCCACCGCCCGCCAUCCACGAUGGUUCGCGAACAUCUCCUGCCGAUUCCCAUCCUCAUUUCCUCACGCCAUCUCACCACCGCCCGCCGCCACGGACGACCUCAUCGAGGAACCCGUGCCACGUGCAGCCGGCCGAAGCCGUCAAGGCUCAGCGGCGCUCCUCCGCCGCGAGGGAAUCGAAAGGCUCCGUUCCCUUCACGCUUCCUCCGCCGCCCACGAGAGCAAGGAAGAUUAUUCAAAUGAAACCCCGGGUGCCUGCCGAGGCGGCCGAAGGCUUCGCGGCAAAGGACGUCACGACCGACAUGGACGCCGGCACGCGAACCGGCGAGGAAGUCGCCAAGCUUGGCAAGGGACCCAGCCACGUCGCCGCCGGCGGCAAGGGGAAGAAGAAGACGGCGUCGGCGGUGAAUGCCGCGGGGCGUAAGAUUGCCAGGAAGACGGCGCACAGCCUCAUCGAGAGGAGGAGGCGGAGCAAGAUGAACGACGAGUUUGCCCUCCUCAAGAGCAUGAUCCCCGCUUGCACGGGGGAAAUGCACAAGCUGGCGAUAUUGCAGGCCUCGAUCGACUACGUUCGAUAUCUCGAGGAUUGCGUGGCCAAGCUGAAGGCGCAACACGCCGAGACCCGGGCCGGUGCCGGUUGCGUCGAUGGUGCCGAGGCGGCGCACAGCCCGCUCCUGACCAUGUGCGAAUUCAAACCGAUGCCGCACGAUGACUCUACCGGCCAUGCCGAGUCGAGGAUGGAGGCGGAAGCGGCAUCGGCCGUCGUCGGCCAUCACGCCGACCUCUUUUGCCCUCUGCCGAAUGCACCCCUCGAGCGGUCCCACGGCUUUCACCGGCGCCAGCACUCGUGUUCGUCCGGCUCGACGGACCGCAGGCACUACAGCCACAGCGUCGAGGCCGCCACCUCGCCCCCUUGCGGGCCCCAAGACGGGACGCGUGCCCCGAGCAGCGUCUCGGCCGGCUCGACGCGGACCAGCCCGGCGCUCGUGCCUCUGCCCGACCUCGCCCAGGACGCAACGGCGGCGCUGAUGCUGCUCAACGACGGGAGGAGAAGCGCAAGCACAAGCACCCGCGGCUUGUCCGUCCAAGACCUGCUCAGCUCAUGA